AUGGGGCAACCGGGGAGGGGUAACCCAGGAAACUACUUCUCGGGGGACUGCUUCGACAUCCCAGACGAAGCAGUAUCCCGCGACCCCAUCUUUUUACUGGACGCAGAGACAGACGAGUUGAUGGGGACCUGGUUCAUGACCACUGUGGACCUUCCCCCCGGCAAGAACGGAACUCCGGUGACGUCAGACCUGCUGAAGGCAGUCGCCGACCCCGACGCGCUGGCGGCCUACUACGCGGUUGACCCGGCCGCGCCUCCGCCGCCGGAAGGCUGGACGCGCUGGGCGUACGUCCGGUACAUGGGCGCCUACGAGAACGGAAACGGCUUCCGGGCUCCGUUCUUCAUCUCAGAGGCGGAGUUCCGGGCGGUCCGCUACCACAUCAUGGACCAGAAAGGGGGGGCCUCGGAGAAAGGGGAGGGCAAGUACACGCUGCGCCCGUUGCUCGCGCACGAAAGCCCUGCAGGGAUGUUUGGAACCCCUGGUUACUAUCCCAUCCGGACGAGCGGAUCUUCCCCCGCCGUUAGCCUUUAUUCGGAGUACUUCUGCAUGCUGGCAGGAGCGCUUCCCCCCUAUCAGAGUUACACCGUCAAGGAGGGAAAUCGGACGCGGGCGGCGCGCUGGUUCCCCGGUCUCCAGCUUCCCAACGAGCUUCAGGCCCUCGCGCGGCCGCACACUCCGCGCGCGAUGCAGGUCUGA